AUGGAUCAUUCAAAUCCACAUUUCAAUUCAACUUGUCUACCAAAUACUCAACAAAUUUAUAGAGAAAGAAUUCAAGAAAUUUCACUUAAACCUAAAGCUGAAAGAAAGAUAAUGGUUUGUGCUCAUGUUAAAUUGGAUGAAAAUUCACUCACUACAGAUACUUCAGUCACCAAAUCAAAGAAUACCAUUCUAAUCACAUGUAAGAAGAGUGGUGGUACAAGUAGUAGUAAUAGUAGUAGUAGCAGUGGUAAUACUACUAAUAGUGCUUCAAAUACUUCUGCUAAUACAACAAGUGCUAUUGAUACAUCAUCAGCAUCAUCAAAUACAUCAUCCAUAAUGAUGAAUGAUCAAUUAUUAUCAACAAAUACUACCUCCAAUAAUAAUAAUAAUAGUUCUAAUACAAUGAAUGUAGUUGCAAGUAUUAAAGCUAUUGCACAUACAUGUACAUCUAUUAUUGAAGUAUCACCUUCUAAUAUUAAAUUUGGAGAUUCAACCAUUGGAGAUAUUAAAUUUGCAUCAGUAACAAUUUAUAAUAGAUCUGAUUUGGCAACAAGAAUUUCAGUUCAAUUUACAUCUAAAGUAAUAACAUGUAAAACAAAAUCAGCAAUUAUUUCACCUCAUAAAUUUAUUAGAAUUACAUUUAGAUUAUCACCUAGAAGAGUUAAUCCAAAUUAUAGAAAACAAAUUACAAUUGUAAAUGAAAGUAACAAAUUGAAUGAACAAAUUAUUGAAGUUGAAUCUAAUAAUAUUGAUAGAAAUAUGUUAAAUUUUCAUUGUAAAUAUUAUGAUGUACAUACUACUUCACAACAUAAUUUUGCAAAAUCAAUUAAUUUUGGUGUUGUUGCUUUGAAUGGCAUUUCACUUUCUAAAUUUCAAAUUUCAAACAUUUCAGAUGAACCAAUUACAUUGAAAUUUAAAUCUUCAUCUCCAAAUGAAAUUUCAACUUUUAAAGUUAAAAGAACGACAACAAUAACAAAUCAGGAUUAUUCAUCUGGUGGUGGUGGUGGUGGUUCACAAUCUGAUCAUUACAAUUUAAUUUCAUCCAAUGUUCAUCAGCAUCAUCAUUUUGAUGAAGAUGAUACAAUAAGUCCACACAGUAGUACAACAACAACAAAUAAUCGACAAUUUACAGAUGAUAGUAGUAUGAAUGAAAGUGAACAACAAUUUAAAUCAACACCACCACCUCUUCAUAAAAGAAGAAAAAAGAAGGUUAAACAAAUUGUAACUUCAAAUUUACAAAGAGUUUCAAGUCAAUCUAAUUUAACACCACUUUCUUCAUUGAGUACCAUAACAACAACAUCAAAUAAUAGUGCAAGUACUAAUAAUACAGGUGUUUCAUCAGUACUCACACCAAAAUCACCCUAUCUUAAAAAGUUGAAGGAUGAAUCAUCAAAUACCUUGAAGAGAUCAACAUCAAUGGAUGAUAAAUUUAUUUCACAAUUAAAUGAUCCAACAAAUUUAGAAUAUUUACAAUCAAUAAUGACUCAACCCAACGUUUCAAAGUUAAAUAUUCAUCAUUUUGAAGGUAUUGAUGAAUUAAAAACACCACUGAGUAUUUAUGAUAGUGAUGAAACCAGUGAUGGAAGUGAUGAUAAUUUAAUGAUUGAUGAUAGUGAAUAUUCAUCAGUAACAGAUGAAUUAUUUACUGAACAAGUUAAUCCACAAGAAUAUUGUGAUCAAUUAGUUUCAACUUAUGAAAAAAUUCAAGAAUCUUUAUUUGAUACUACACAAAAUGUUGAUGAAGAAAUGAUUAUUAGAGAUGAAUUGGAAUUUAAAAAGAAACUUUCAAAUUCAAUUGAUGAUUUGAAAUUUCUCAUUCCAUGUGACACAAUUUCAAUUGGACCAACAAGUUCAACUGAAAUUUACAUUACCUAUCGACCAAAAAGUACAAAUAGCAAAUUUACUUCAAUUAAUUUAAAUAAUUCUUCACCUCUAUCUUUAUACAGUGAUUUUUCAUUCAAUAAUAUUUCAACAAACACUACUACAUCUAUUUCAUCUACAACUACUACUGGUAGUAGUAAUAUCAAUACUAAUAAUACCAAUAAUAAUAAUACAAAUUCAAUGAAUGCAAUUAAAAAGAAUUUUGAAAAAUUAUUUAUUGAAUUAAUAGAUUAUGAUACAAAUAAUGAACAAACAGAUUUUACAUUACCACCUAGAGAAUUAACAAUUCAAUCUAAAAUUUGUCAAUCCAUGAUGGAAAUUGCACAAAAGAAUAUAAAUUUUGGAUCCAUUACCAAUGUAGAAGAUCGUAAAAAGACAAUAACCAUUUCAAAUGGAUCUGAAGUACCAUUAUUAUUUCGUAUAAAAAGAUCAGGUUCAAUUGCAUCUAAUGAUAUUAAAAUAUUAGACAUGUUAGAUGAUUCAUUAAAUUUAUCAUGGUGUGGUUUAGUAAGACCAUAUGGUUCACGUGAUAUUCAACUCUAUUUUAAACCAUCAUUACCAGGUGUAUUUAAUGAAACUUUAACAUUUGAAAAUGUACUUGAUGAAUCUGAUAGUAUUAAUAUUAUUGUAAAGGCAGAUAUUAGAAAUUAUGAAAAAUUUACAUUGAAAUCUAAUGAUAUUAAUUUUGGAAAUAUUUUAUUGAAUCAAUUUUCACUUUCUAAAAAAAUUGUUGUUACAAAUAUGAGUAAGAAUAGAAGAAUAUUUGAAACACAAAUUGAUUAUUGUAGUUUUAGUUUUUGUAAAUUUGAAUUUGAAUAUGAAUUGGAACAAGUUAGUCAAAGUACUGAAAUUGAAAAAUUAGAAGCAGAAUUAGAAAAAUUAGAACACAAAUAUAGAAUUUGUGUUAGAAAGAACAAGUCAUCAAAAAUUAAAAAAUUAACUGAAAGAAUUAAUGAAAUUAAAAAGGAAUUAAAUUUUGAUGAUUAUACUCCAACUAUUGCAACAACAAUAACAGGUAAUUCUACUACUAAUAAUAUUGAAGAUUCAUUAUUUGUUUCUGAAUCAGAUGAUGAAGGUAAAAAACAAAGAAAAUUCAAAAAGAUUGAAGAGAAUGGAAUUAGAUUUUCAAUUCCACCUAGAAUGUCUCAAGUUAUUAAUUUAAAGAUUAAACCACUAUUAAUAGAAACACCAAAUAUUGCAUUUGAGAAUGGUAUAUGUAGAAUGUUAGUUUAUGAAAAUAGAAAUACAGAUGAACAAAAGAUGGUCACUCUGAGUUCUAUUGUACAUUUCGAUAUCAAAUCAUUCCAGAAUUUUACUCAAAACAGUGGUAGUAGUAGUUCAACAGGUUCAAAUGUUAGUACUCCAUUAACACCUUUAUAUAGUAGUAGCUACUACUACCAUUGGUACUACUAA